GAGCAUUUCCCACAUCACCAUCCUAGUGAGAAGACGCCUAGAGCGCUCUCGUUAUAAAGUUGUCACCAGGCAUGCAUCGUUUCUCGUACUAGACAAGUCAUCACAUGAAAUUCGCCAAUGAACGAUCCGGAAGCUAGUCGUGCCGAAAGUAUCGACGACACUUGCGAAGUGGAAUUAUAUCAUGCCCGGCAGUAGACAUUGAGGUGGCUCUUGUCGCAUUCCCAUUUCAGUUCGCAAGUUCUUCGCUUUUUCUCCAUCAUUGAUAUUGUCCAGGCAGAAUCACCACUUACUAUCUAGUCAAUCAAUCAUCGACAACAUGGGUGCCACCGCGGCUCAAGAGAAACCUACGGACAUCUACCGAUUGCCCGAUGCGAAAGUGCUCGAAGAAGCCGGCCAGUUGCAAGUGCUGGAUAAAGAUGGCAACAAGGUCGACUUGAAGUCAUUCUACACCAACCAGCCCACAGGCGAGAAACAGCUCAUUGUCUUCAUCCGUCACUUCCUCUGCGGUUUCUGCGAGGAGUACGUCCGCGCGCUCGCCCGUGAUCUGCCCCCGAAGCUCUUGGAGUCGGUCGACACGAAGUUGACCAUCGUCGGCUGUGGCGACCACACACUCAUCGCCGACUACGCCACUCGCACUGGCUGUCCCUACCCGAUCUACUGUGACCCCAGCCGCGCAACUUAUGAGAAGCUGGGCAUGGUCUGCUCUCUGAACCAAAAGGGCAAACCCGAUUACCUUAGCCGCAGCCAGCUCAGCCUCAUCAAGAGUUCAUUGUUCACCGCUUUGGGUAUGGGCGUUGGCAAGGCCUGGAAAGCAGGCAAGAUCAGCCAGAACGGUGGCGAAUGGGUCUUCAAGGACGGCACGGUUGAGUGGUGCCGUCGCAUGCAGCACACUGCCGACCACGCAGAGAUCCCCGAGCUCAAGACUGUGCUCGGCUUGUAAUUGGACAAGGCUUACGACCUUGCUUUGCUUUCAAUGCGUACAAAAGAAGCAGCUGUCGAGAGCAUUUGUGCUGAGACCGCUUGGCGUGGGGACAGUCGAGCAAGCACUUCCAAAUUGUCUAUUUGCGCCUAUGAUAUCCUUGUUUUCCGAUUGCAAUCUCAAGCAUAACAUCAAUAUUUAUUAACUGGUUCGCUUUAAUUGUGUGAUGAAGCCGUAAGUUUACAGCAUGUACUUUCCUCAUGCGCCGACAA